AUGGCCACGCUAGAGACGCUGCCGGUUCUUGGUGAGCCCACGUACCCCAGCCAGGAGAACUUCCACACUUUUGCUCCCCGGCCUUCCCAACCCGCCUCCCAGAGCACCAUGGGGAGCGUGGGCAGCGGUGUCGCCAACGACCAGGAGUUCGCCAUGAAGAGCGUGGGCACCCGGACGCAGAGCAGCGGGCGGCAGAUGGAGGGCUCUCGCAACGGAUAUUCCACGCGGGACAUCUCCAACCGCUACUCUGGCGAGGAGAAGACCUACAAGUCCGAAAAGGUCUCCAACUCCCUCUACAUCAACGGUGACCUGCGCAAGAGUGACAAGGUGAAGAUGGACAUCUGUGGGAAUGUGACCACCAACAAUGAGAAGAACUUGCCGCCUCCUCCCCAAUACCGAGAGCCCAGUAACCCACCAAAGAUAUUGCCAAUCUCUGGCAAGCUAGACCAGAGCAAUGAGCCCUUAGUUAGACCCUCAGCCUUUAAACCAGUAGUUCCUAAAAACUUCCAUUCCAUGCAGAAUCUCUGCCCGCCGCAGAGCAACGGGGUGACAGAGAACAGAAAGAGCUUGAACCAUGCCAACAGCAAUAGCCCGUCCGCACCCAAAAGUGGACUCGACAAGACCAGCCUUAACAGGACUACAAACCAAGUGGGAGGCCUUUCAGAUUCAGGCCGUAACUCGUUAACGAGUCUGCCCACAUACGGCACAGGCUACAGCCAACACGUGGGUCCAAUGAGCGCCUCGACGAGCCACAUCAACCGCAUCGGGACAACCUACGUGGAUAAGAACAUUGUGGGAUACAACGGGAUAUCUACCUCAGACAGCGGGCGGUCUUCGAGCAAGAGCACCUCUUCGUUCAACAGACUGAACCAUCUCAAUGAAACGAUGCCUUUCCACUCGCCUUCAACGGAUGACAUCAUCCAAGACCUGGAAGACCGGCUGUGGGAGAAGGAGCAAGAGGUUCUCCAGAUGCGAAGGAACUUGGACAAGAGCGAGGCAGCCAUCUUCCAAGUGUUCGAGGAGAAGCAGAAGAUCUGGGAGCGGGAAAUGGAGGACUUGAGGCAAAACUAUGCCAACAAAUUGCAGCAGGUUUCCAAAAAGGCCCAACGGGCUCAGCAGGCCUUGCAGCUCCAGAUCUUCAAGCUCCAGCAGGAGAAAAAAAAACUCCACGAUGACAUGGGGCAACUCCUCCAACAGCGAGAGGAACUGGAGAAGAAAUUCGUGGCUUUCAAGAAGGAGCAGGCUGAGUUUCUCCCAAAGAUUGAAGAGACCAAGUGGGAGGUGUGCCAGAAGGCGGGGGAGAUCUCUCUGCUCAAGCAGCAGCUAAAGGAUUCCCAGGCAGAUGUUUCCCAGAAGCUGAAUGAGAUCGUGGGGCUGCGGUCCCAGCUCAAGGAAGGUAAGAACUUCCUGCGGGAGAAGGAGGAGCAAAUCCUCACCCUGAAGGAUUCUUACAGUUCCAAGAGCGUCAACCUGGAGAUCUGCGAGAGUGAGCUACAGAGGAAGAUGAGUGAGGUCCAGGUGCUGAGGGAAAAACUGAACCACUGUGAGCUGGAGGUCUCUGGCCUGAAGCGGACACUUGCCAGCAUGGGAUCUUCAGGGCCUUUCAGCGGGGACCUAGCCGAGAAGCUGCGGGACCCCCUGGCCUGUGAGAGCGAUGAGGCCAAGAUGCAGCGGCAGAGUGAGGACAGCGUUAACACCCUGCGGAAGGAGCUGGAGCGUCUCCAGACGGAGCUGAAGCUGGAGCGGCAGCAGCGGGAGCAGCAGGUGAUGGACUUUGAGGAAGAACGGCGCACGUGGCAAGAAGAGAAGGAGAAAGUCAUCAAGUACCAGAAGCAGCUGCAGCUGAACUACGUGGAGAUGUACCAGAAGAAUCAGCUCCUGGAGCACAAGGUGAAUGAGAUGAACACAAAAGCCACCAGUCCCCCACACGCCGAGGAGAAAAAGCAAUGGACUCCCUCUAGACUCGAGCGAAUAGAGUCCACCGAGAUCUGAGGUGGGACCAAGACAAUACAAGUCAUUUUUUUAUUGCUGUGCAUGUACUACCUACUCAAGCCAGUGAUCUUCCGAAGGAUAAUAUGCUACCGUAGGAGAAGCGUGAGCCUACUCACACUAAGCUCCUUCACCCCUACUCUAUUCUUCUGUGCUAUGUAGGUAAAAUAACUGUGGAUGUGCGUUGUUUUUCUAUCGAUAAUGCAACAUCUCUUUUGUUUUUAUUUUUUCCUAGUACAGCUGGUGAGGGUCAUUUGGCUCUUUUGUAAUCUGCCGUGACUGUUACUUCGCUAGAGGCUGCCAUCCCCUCUCAUAACAGUUCACCCCUCUCUGGUUGGUUGGCUUGGAGGGUUGUAUUUCAUUUAUUUGGUUUUCCAAACAUUAUGUGCAGCAAAACAGUUCAAAGUGGCAGGUUUUUUUCAGGACAUUUUUAGCCACAUUGGCUAAUGGAGCAAAGCUCUAGGGAUCAUGAGCGAAUUCGCUGUUCUGCAUCAAGUAUGCUGUCUAGACGGUGGUCUUAGUGAAGUCAGUGGGAGGUUGGCCACUGAUUUCAGUGAAACCAGACAUAUCUCUACCAGAUGACUCCCUUUUGCCAGCCUAUGGCUAACAUGGUUGCAAGAGGUUAGGACAUCCUUGAGGAGCAGGAUGAGCCUGUCCUGGUAACAUAAGCCAACUAGGAACUAGUUGCCCAGUGGGAGCCUCUUUUGAGGCUCAGCAGAGCUUGAUAUAUGCUGCGUUUUCUGUUUGUUGUGGUUUCUUCUUCAUUUCCACUCCCAUCUUUGGUUAUGAACCAACCUGGGCAUAGAAAUGUCCUCCCUCCUCUGCCUUGGUCUCACUAUUCUUCCUAUAUAUUCAAGUUGGUCACAACAAGAAAAAAAAAAACUCCUAGAAACCCAAGCCCGUUUACCUUCUGAAGAGCCCUCUUGGUCUUGAGCAAGCCCACAGAGUCAGUGGAAUCAAGGCUUGGGGAGACAACCAUACCUGUGGGAUGUUUAUGCAACCUGAAGCUUCAGCAAUUUGCCCAUUAGUGGGCAGUGGG